GUAUAAAGCAGCAUAUGACUCCCCAGCACCGGGCGGUGAUGAAUUGGGACGCAGGCGCAGAGCCCAGGGACCACUCCCCCUGCACAGACAUGAGACCAUAGGGGACCUGUCUGGGUGGCCUCAGGGAUAGGCGCUCCCCAAGGUGUGAAUGAGGCAGGAUGAACUGGACAGGUUUAUACACCUUGCUCAGUGGCGUGAACCGGCAUUCUACUGCCAUUGGCCGAGUAUGGCUCUCCGUCAUCUUCAUCUUCAGAAUCAUGGUGCUGGUGGUGGCUGCAGAGAGUGUGUGGGGUGAUGAGAAGUCUUCCUUCAUCUGCAACACCCUCCAGCCUGGUUGCAACAGCGUCUGCUAUGACCAGUUCUUCCCCAUCUCCCACGUGCGGCUGUGGUCCCUGCAGCUCAUCCUAGUUUCUACCCCAGCUCUCCUCGUGGCCAUGCACGUGGCUCACCAGCAACAUAUAGAGAAGAAAAUGCUGCGACUUGAGGGCCAUGGGGACCCCCUACACCUGGAAGAGGUGAAGAGGCACAAGGUCCACAUCUCAGGGACACUGUGGUGGACCUAUGUCAUCAGCGUGGUGUUCCGGCUGCUGUUCGAGGCCGUCUUCAUGUAUGUCUUUUAUCUGCUCUACCCUGGCUAUGCCAUGGUUCGGCUGGUCAAGUGUGACGUCUACCCAUGCCCCAACACAGUGGACUGCUUCGUGUCCCGCCCCACCGAGAAAACCGUCUUCACCGUCUUCAUGCUAGCCGCCUCCGGCAUCUGCAUCAUCCUCAAUGUGGCCGAGGUGGUGUACCUCAUCAUCCGGGCCUGUGCCCGCCGAGCCCAGCGCCGCUCCAAUCCGCCCUCCCGCAAGGGCUCGGGCUUCGGCCACCGCCUCUCACCUGAAUACAAGCAGAAUGAGAUCAACAAGCUGCUGAGUGAGCAGGAUGGUUCCCUGAAAGACAUACUGCGGCGCAGCCCUGGCACCGGGGCCGGGCUGGCUGAGAAGAGCGACCGCUGCUCGGCCUGCUGAUGCCACAUACCAGGCAACCUCCCAUCCUGCCCCCGCCCCUACCCUAGGCGAGCCCCUCCUUCUCCCCUGCCGGUGCACAGGCCUCUGCCUGCCGGGGAUUACUCGAUCAAAACCUUCCUUCCCUGGCUACUUCCCUUCCUCCCAGAGCCUUUCAUUUGAGGAGCUGGAGGGCUGGGGAGCUGGAGGCCACCUAUGCCAGUGCUCAAGGUUACUGGGGGUGUGGGCUGCCCUUGUUACCUGCACCCUUCCCUCUCCCUCUCCCUGGGAUCACUGGGGACCAGAGAUGGGAUGCUCCGACAGCGUCUCCAAUUAUGAAACUAAUCUUAACCCUGUGCUGUCAGAUACCCUGUUUCUGGAGUCACAUCAGUGGGGAGGGAUGUGGGCAAGCAGAGUGGAGGGCGGGGGUGCUGUGGACAUGUGGGUGGAGAAGGGAGGGUGGCGAGCACUAGUAAACGAGGAACAGUGCUUGCUGGCCACAAGGAAAAGGAGGAGGUGUCUGGGGUGAGGGAGUCAGGGAGGGAGAAGCAAGCAGAUAAGUUGGAGUGGGGGUCGCUCAGGGCCGCCUCUGCCUCCAAUCCCCAAGGCCUCUCUCUGCCGGAAAUGUUACACAUUAAACAGGAUUUUACAGUAAAUGAAGAGGUGGCUUGUG